UGCCACGUAUUCAGCCAACUUGGCAGAUAGUCAUCUUAUAUUCCCCCCUUUGAGUUGUCCAUUGCCAUUGGACUUCGACCCAAUUAUUACCUACAUAAGUAAAAACAGAGAGCAUCUGAAAUGGAAAAUUAGAAAGAAAAAAAAAAAAAAGGGACCCAAGAUAUAUGAAGUGGGGAGUGCAUACGAGUAAAACAACAAAAAUGCCAACUAUAAACUAUAAGAAAAAUUAGGGCUUCAUGUUCAGUGAGACUUUUGCUUAGGAGAGAGAAAAAAAAAAUGGGGCGAAGGAAGGUAGAAAUAAAGAGAAUCCAAGAGAAAAGCUGUAGGCAAGUUGCUUUUUGUAAACGAAGAAAAGGUUUAUUAAAGAAAGCCAAAGCACUCUCAACUCUGUGCGAUGUUGCUGUUGCUGUUGUUAUCUUCUCCAAUAGUGGCAAGCUCUAUGAAUUCUCCAACACUAACAGUCUGACAGGGAUCCUUCAACGAUAUGAAAGCCACGUUGAAGCAGAAAAAGAGAUCUCUGCAGAAAUCCUGGUGGAAGAGCACUCUAAAUACUCAAGGUUCAUGACAAUGGGAGAACUGUUACAAACAGCAGAAAGGCAUCUUGAAGAAACUAAUGUUGAUGGUCUCGCCGUGACUGAUCUUGUCCAUUUGGAAAAUGAACUUCGAACUGCUCUAAUACAAGCCAGAUCUAGAAAGGUCUUUCUACACUCCUUUGUAACCUCGCCCUAUAGGAAUUGCUCUACUAAUACUAGAAGCUGUCACAAAGUCAUGCGUUUUCCAGGACACAUUUGUUGCUUGAAUCUGUUAAGGGUCUUCAUGAGAAGGAAAAACUGCUGCGAGAGGAAAACAAACUUCUGGAGGAUAACAUGGCUAGGAUCAAGAAAAACGGUAAAGUGAAUGAGAUGUCACCACCCCACAUAAUUUGUGGACAGCAGAGAGUGACCCUCAAUUUUCUCUAGUGAUUAUCGUUUGUAUCAGUCAAAUAGCCUUGCAAGAGGCACCAGGGGAAUAACCUGCAAAGGUUAUGUGGUUUAGUAUCAUGUUUUACAUGAAAUUAGUAAAGUCAAGGUGUCUUAAAAAAUAACUAACAAUAUUGUGCAGUUUCAGUAAAAUUAAUUGUUCAUCUGUAUGACCGUGUAAUAUAAAAGGUGAAGAUGAGCUCUGACCCUCAGGUUUUUGUUUUAUAUAUUCAGCGUUUUCAUUGCCUCCUUUAUUAGUUUAUUUUGUACUUGACAGAAAAAAUCGGGUGAGUUAUAUGAGCUUAUGCUUUUAUUUUUCCUGAAGUUGUAUAAUGUUCAAAAACUCAAUUAUUUGAACAUUACUAACUUACGGCUACUUUCUCUUGAAGUUUUUAUUUAAGAAUAACAAUUCAUUGUUGUGAAA